CCCUCCAGCACGGCGCCCCUCCGGGCCGCAGGUUCUGUGGGUUUGGUGAAGUUCUGAUUUCACAGCGUUCUGAGGAUUUUCUGCUGUUUCUCACUAAACGGACCAACAGUCUGGUUUCUGUUUGAUUCUAUCCAUUGUUAUGUCAGGAAUGUGCAGAAAUUUGGUGAAACAUAGAAAUUCCACUACAGAUGUUUACAUCAGAGCGCGCGCACACGCACGUUACUAUGCGUAGCAAGUCCUCGGGAGCGCGCAUCCACACACAUGUCUCUGCUGACACGAGAGUUUUUCUGAUGAAGAGGAGAACCGCAGCUAUCAAGGUGUGUGUCGCGUCCCCGCGCGGGUGCGCGCACCUGUGAGUGUGCGCGCACGUCACGUCGGUGCUGAUGAAGCUGGCUGGUUCUCCCCUCCUCAUCUUCUUCAGUUUCAGUAUCGAGCUACUUCACGCAGCAUCUCCGCUCCGCUUCCUCCGGUCUCCACCCUCCUCUUCCUCCUCUUCCUCCGCGGUUCCGCUGCAGGUGGAUGGAGGCUGGCAGCCCCGGAGGCGCGCACCAUGCUCGGACUCGGCCGCUGGCGCACCGCUGAGAACCUCCCCGCCCCCCGGAGACCUCCUCCCGGAUUGACCCGCGGCUGAACACCGGGUGUCUGGUCCGGAUCAUGGCAUGCUGCCCUCACCGGCCCUCCAGCACUGACCAUGGGGCUCCGGUCCAGGACCGUCGCUAGCGGCUCCGAAGAGCAGAAGAAGACCUCCGGCGCUCCUCUUCCUCCUUCCGGGGACUUACUGGACCAAAGCGGAGCCGGAGGAGCGGACAAAGAUGGGGCCCUGCUGCUUAUGGGCCGGGAGGACUUCAAGCGGGGGGCUCAGGGCAUCACCAUCGGGCUGCUGGCCAAAACCCCCCUGAGCUACACCCGGCCGGCCAAGAGGAAUAACAUCCGCAAGAGGAAGAUCCAGAACCUGAUCUACGACACGCUGGAGAGGCCGAGAGGAUGGGCGCUGCUCUACCACGCGUUCGUGUUUCUAAUCGUUCUGGGAUGUUUGAUUCUGGCCAUACUGACCACAUUCAGGGAACAUGAGAAGGAUUCUGCACACUGGCUGGUCAUACUGGAAACGUUUGCCAUCUUCAUAUUCGGAGCAGAGUUUGCACUGAGGAUCUGGGCGGCCGGUUGCUGCUGUCGCUACAAAGGAUGGAGGGGGAGGCUGAAGUUCGCCCGCAAACCGCUGUGCAUUCUGGACAUCUUCGUGCUGAUUGCCUCGGUGCCGGUGGUGGCGGUGCGUAACCAGGGCAACGUGUUGGCCACGUCGCUGCGCAGCCUGCGCUUCCUGCAGAUCCUGCGCAUGCUGCGCAUGGACCGGAGAGGCGGCACGUGGAAACUCCUGGGCUCUGCCAUCUACGCUCACAGUAAGGAGCUGAUCACGGCCUGGUACAUCGGCUUCCUGUCUCUCAUCCUGGCGUCCUUCCUGGUCUACCUGGUGGAGAAAGACGACGGCUCGGUCAACGUGUCGGACCAGGAGAACCCGACGGCGCAGAACCAGCAGCAGGACUUCGACACGUACGCCGACGCGCUGUGGUGGGGGCUGAUCACGCUGACCACCAUCGGUUACGGAGACAAAACCCCAAAGACCUGGGCUGGGAGGCUGCUAGCCGGCACGUUCGCUCUGAUCGGAGUUUCCUUCUUCGCUUUGCCUGCUGGGAUUCUGGGUUCUGGUUUGGCUCUGAAGGUCCAGGAGCAGCACAGACAGAAGCACUUUGAGAAGCGCCGCCACCCGGCAGCCGGACUCAUCCAGUCGGCCUGGCGGUAUUACUCCACCAAUCCAAUCAGGGAAGAUCUUAUUGCCACGUGGAGAUUUUAUGAAACCAUCAUCUCUCUUCCCUGCUUCAGGAAGGACACCUUGGAGGCCAUGGUCAGUCAGAAGGUUAGUUUGCUGGAACGAGUUCGCAAUUCCAACGCGAGAACGUCAUUGGGGCUGGUCAGGAAGGCCACGGUUAACGCCGAGUCCAUCGAGGAGAGUCCCUCCAAGGAGCCCAAACCUGCCGGCUUCACUAACCGCGAACGCUUCCGGACCGCCUUCCGGAUGAAGGGCUACACGCUGCGGCAGAGCUCUGAAGAUACUGGAGGCCUUGCAGACCCAGUCUUAGAGGACCGGGGCUUCCCGCCAGAGAUCCUCCUGGAGGAGAUGAUCCCCACGCUGAAACUGGUCAUCAGGGCAGUCAGGAUCAUGCAAUUUCUCUUGAACAAGAAGAGGUUUAAGGAAACUCUGAGGCCUUACGAUGUCAAAGAUGUGAUUGAGCAGUACUCUGCUGGACAUCUAGACAUGCUCUGCAGAAUUAAAUACCUCCAGACCAGGAUCGACAUGAUUCUUGCCCCUGGACCUCCCCUCACCCCAAAAAGCAAGAAGCCCCAGAAAACACCCUUUAACUACCCAUCCAGUCAGUCACCCAGGCAGGAGUCCUACUUAGCCAAAGCAACGUCCAUGCCAGAUACUGAAGACCAAAGCAUGAUGGGUAGAUUUAUCAGGGUGGAGAGGCAGGUGGAGGACAUGGAGAAGAAGCUGGACUUCCUGGUGGACAUGCACAUCCAGCACACCGAGCACCUGCAGGUGGACUCGGCCGGCGACGCUCGGAUGACCCUGGAGGCCUGCGACCAGACGGCGAACGGUGAGAUCCGCCGGGUUUUCCUCAACUACUCCGAGGUGUUCCCUCAGAUGUCAUACCAGGUGCCUGUCAGCAAAGCGAACUCGGCCUGCAGCAGAGGGCGAGGCGGCAGGCAGGGGGUCGGGAUGCCAGGCGGCGCGGCGCCGGCCGCCAUCCCCACCUAUACGGAGCGGCCGACCGUGUUGCCCAUCAGCUCCCUGCAGGACUUGUCGGCGGGGCGGGGCAGGACCACAGGGUGCCGGGGGGGCGACUCGCCACUCUCGCUCCUGUCGGUGAACCACGAGGAGCUGGAGCGCUCGCCCAGCGGGUUCAGCAUUUCCGGGGAGCGGGAGGGCGAGGCGGGGUUGGACCUGUCGAUGGGGGCGGCGGUGGCGGCCGGGGAGGCCAGCUGGACGAGAACCAGGCCGAGCUACUUGGCCGAGGGCGAGACGGACACGGACACGGACCCCUUCACGCCCAGCGGGGGCGCCCUGCCACUCUCCUCCACCGGCGAGGGUUUCGGGGACGCAGAGUGGAACACGCCGCCCUGAAACACGACGUCGCCUCGACUCUGAGACCUUAAAUCCAAUCCAUGCCUCUAAAACCCAGAACGCUGGGUCGAAGCCACACCUUAUGGGGCGAAUCUUUGGGACAAAGGUGGGUUUAAUCCGCCUCGUUGCUGCGCGUUCUGAACGACCGGCCAUCGACCCGCAGAGACCGGGCAACGAGUCCACCCCCACGGCAAAACAAAAAAAGGGAAAGCAGACCGUUUGUAAAGAAAAAACUGUGUACAGCGCACUCUUCACAGAAAUUUAACUAAAAAAAGAACAUUCUACAAAAUAUAUACAGCCAAAAGCUUUACUGCUGCAAAGCCAACCGCACUGCAUGUGACGCAUGCGACUUCUAGUGUAGACACUGCAAAUUUCAGGAUAUAUCAGGAAAAAGAACAGAGAUUGAAUGGAAACUUAUACCUGCUAUGCCAUUUUGUAACACUUAUUUUUUAUAUGAAGACAUCCUUGUUUCUGCAUGUUUGCAUGAUGCUGCACCAUUCCUGGGUGACCAUUAGAGGGCGACACUGGAACCAAAAGUCUCCUGUCUGUUCCCGUUCCUCACUGUCUCGUCGUUUGAUCCAAAUAUUCUUACAUUUAUGUUGUUUUGUUUUUGCUGGAAGUCAUUCAGAUUUACAAACUUACAGUCAGAAAAUAUUUGAAACACUAAAUUUCUGAUGCUUCGUUGGCACAUGAAUCCAGGGAACCGUCCAUUUCAUUAAACACAUUCAACAUAAUGUUGGCCAACAUGUGUAAUACAAAGUCAUAAAAACAUACUGCUGGUUUUUACACCCCUUUGCUUUUUCCAUGUUUGUCAGAUUUAGUGAUUUUUAUUCUUAAAAAUAAAAAUCCACAUAAACACAAAGUAAAACCAGGUUAUUGAACUGUUUUGUAAAGUUGAAGUAAAUAUAAAUAUAAAGUUUCUACAUUUUCACUACUGAUUCUCUAAAGCACUGGGGAUAAAUUCAGCUCCAUGGAUGACAGCAGUGGGAUUCGUUACAUUUUCUUAUUGAGUUCAUUACAGGUUCUGUAAUUAAUUUAAAACCGUAUAUUGACAGAAUAAGCAACAAAUUCUCUUGAAAACCCAUUUUUGCUGCUAAAUUAUUUAAGAAAUAGAAAUAUGAGCCCAAAAACUAAGAUCUUUAUACUUUUUAAUCUGUUAUUUAGUUUAUUAAACCAUCAGAUUGGAGCAAAAUGUUAUUCUGGCCAGGAAGUCCUGGACUGUGGAUGCUAACAUUAGCAUUAGCUGCUACAUGUUUAGCAUUCAGAUGUUAUUUCAGGCUAGCAUAGCCUCCCUGAUAGGCUAACUCCUUUUAGCACGACUUAAACACAACAGUAGCCUUUCCCAGCGUCCAAUCAGGUCGUUUAUAGAGACGUUAACCCCAGAGGGAGGAGAAGCGACUUCAUCGUCCAUCGCUGCUGUUAGCGGAUGUAGCUUGUGCAUCAGAUUCACAGGCCAGAGCAGAAACAUGCAAACAAACCUUUAUAUGGACAAAAAAAUGGGAUUAAUUUGGUUAAUAAAGUGUGACAAGUUUCACAGAACAGAACAGAAAGUCCUGAAGGUAAAGUGUCUGGAUCUGAACUGAUUACAUGGAGAAAAACCACCAGGUUCCUCCAAACACAUGUGGAGAAAAAACUGGAAAAUCUGAGGCUCCAGGGGAUUCAGAGGCUGUGAAAACUUAUGAAUCCAAUCAUAAGAAACUUAUGGUAGUAAAGAAACAUUUAAACAUCCUUAUAAAAGCCUUUUAACCUUUAGAUUAUGUUUGUGGAUCUUAGACUUCAGUCUUCAUAUUUCUGACAAAGUUUUAGAGGAUCAGAAAACUUCAUAAUGUGAAAAUAAAUUUGAAAUAAAAAAAUAACUCGCACACAGAACCUGCACUUUCCAACUUUAAUGGAGCAUUUUGAGAGAUUUAUUCAAAACUUUCCCUAAAAUGACCCCAAACAGAGAAAUAUAAUUAAUUCUAAUUUAUUUUGGAUUGCCUGAAUAAUUUAUUAUUCUCAGUUUCUGCUUGAUUUAUAGGAAAUGUUGCUCCAUAAACCUAUUUCUGAAAUGUAAACAGCUUUAAAAAGUUAAAUCUGAAGGCUUUUAAAGCUUUUCUACUUUAGUCGAUGUUAAUGUUGCCAUUUUGAGGUCUAAAAAUAUUAAUUUUAGAACAUUUUCACUAAAGUUUACUGGGAUUUUAUGACGGAGCAACACAAAGUAGUUCAUAAUAGUGAAGAGGAAGGAAGCAAUGCUUCGCUUUCAGUUUUCUGUAAUAAAUAAUCAAGUCAAUAAAUUAAUCCUCCUGUAAUCGCUGCAUAAAGUGGAACAAUAAAGUUGUAAUUUUACUGCGAUUAGCUGGUGCAUGUUUUAAAAUUUAAUUCUUUUUUUGCUAUCAAUGAAAGUAACGUAUUUAUUAAGAAAGUAAUUAAAUCUGCUGCUUAAUCUUUUUUAUAUAUUUUGAAAAGUUAAACAGUAAACUUAUUAUAUGAUCAAAUAAAUGGAUAUUUAGCUUUAUUAUGGAGCUGUUUGCUCUAAAAUGGUUCAAAAUUAUUUAAAUAUACUAGGCCUUAAUAAAUCUAGAGUAGGAAAUGUUAUUUAUUCUACUUUGCAAUAAGACAUUUAUAUAUACUUAAAGUUUGUUAAUUGUAAUUAAAUCUUGUUCUAUUUGUAGUUUUGAAAUCUGGAUGUUAUGAACAACCUGGAAACAUUUUGAGGCCUGAACUGAUUUUACUUCUUUAUCUGUAGAAUCACAGAUUGUGACGUAAAACCUGACAAAACUUUAUCUGAAGACUUGAAUAAUCACCAAGUCUCUGCUCUGCUUUUAUGACUUCUUCUAUAAACUCUAUUUAACAAUCUUACGGUUUUAAAUUUUUGAAACGCUGUAGCUCUGCUCUACAUUUUAAAAACAAAACAUAGAUUUAUUAGGAAAACCAAAACUCCUUGGAGGGAAAUUCAAACUUGUUUGUCUGUUUUUUGAGACGUCAGAAAAUGUUUCCUCAGUUAAUUCAGCAGUCAAGAAUUUUAUAACUUAUAGGGAAGAGUUUGAAUUUAAUGGGGUUGUGUGGAGUAGCUAUAAGUAGUCAGUUUUCUACCUACUAGAUUGGACUCAGUGUGAUCUCAGUGACUUGUUAAGGACAUUAGUUAGUGUGAAGGUAGUGGAUAUAGCUAAAGUUGCUGUCACGCUAACAGAAAAGCCAACAGUCACGCUAAUUUUCAAGAUAAUAAAUGAGCUAACUGUAGAGCUAGCAGUUAGCCAGCAGUUAGCUAACACUGUUCGCCAUGGGCCAUUUGCUGGUCAGAAAACCUUUAUGAUUUGCUUGUUGUGCUCAGGGACCAAACUCACUGCUACUAGCAAUACAAGCUAAUGUUAUUGUAUUUUAUACAUUUAUGCAGAUUAUAAGAUUUAUACGUUCUUAUGACGUAUAAAAUGUCCUGGCAGGAAAAUCUGAUCCGGUUCAUUCCAGCUUGAGUAACAGAAGCUAAUCUUGACUGUUAGCUAUGAAGCAAACAGAUAACAUUCAACUUUACAGUUACAGUUCUGCUAAUUUAAAAUCUAUGCUAAAUGUUAGAGCUUGAAUCUAAAAGUUUCCAGUACAGAGGUGAGAUGCUCACGUUCAUUAUUCCAUCCUAAAUUAUUUUAGGACGGGAGUUUUGGACCAAGAUGCAUUUAGCAGCCCUGACAAAUACAGGCAGAACAGUAACAGAUACUGACUUCUUCUAGAUACUUGAGUCAAACCCAGCAGUAAAAAUUCAAACUGUUCCUUUAAAGUGGCUGUUAGUGAUGCAGUAACUGGAUGAGAGGAAACUCCAGAGAAAAUUUAUAAAACGUUUUACUAUCUGCUUAACCUGCUGUACAGCAAAUAUAAUCUGACAUUUAUAGAAAAACAAAAUGUUGUAGGACUGGUUGUCACUGCACAGACUAGUCAUUCAUUCAUUCAUUCAUUCAUUCAUUCAUCCAUCCAUUCAUUCAUUCAUUCAUUCACUGUGCCUCAAGCACCGUCCAGAAUGAUUCAGUCAUUCAUGUUUUAGUGUUUCAGACUCUUCUCUUCACCCCUGCAGUUUAAAAUCUGGUUUCUGUAAAUCCGGUUCAGACGGUUUCUGCUGUUUUCAGACCCAACAUGUAAAGUUUCUACUGUUUGUUUUUCUUCUUGUUCUGGUUGAAACUUUAAAUGUUUUGAUGUUUUCUUGUUCAUUAUUGUUCUUUAAAAAGUUUUGCACAACAAUAUCUUUGCUUUGCACUUCAGUUGUAGUUUAUGAAACAUCUUUAGCUGCAUGCUGUACUUAUUUCUUCCAUCUGAAAGUCAACGAGUGGCUUCCUCUCAGAUUGACUCACUGUUAAAAUUUAUUUUUUUAAUUAGAGAAAAUGUCUUCCAUGACGGGAAACAAACUGCAAAAAGAAUAAUGCUACCAAAAUUAUGAAAUAAAAAUUCUCUUUAUUUCACCUACUGAAAAUAUUCAGUAAUAUUUUAUAUUCAGUAAAAAGUGUUUCAAAAUAAAAUGCUAGCUUUACUUUUUGCAGUGAAAAAUUGUCACUUUAAUUUAUUCUCACUUGAAUUAAAUUGAUUUUGAGUUUUUAUUACGUCGUCCAUUUUAUUUUAUUUAUUUUGUUUAUUUGUUGCUGCAUGUCUUUUCAUUUUAUCCGUUUUUUCUAAAACUUUUUCAAAAGAAGCAAAAAGUAAAGAAAAAGUCAUAAAUUCAAAUAAUUUAGUUCAAACUAUCUGUUAUUUUAACACAAAACAACAUUUAGUAAAAGUUUGUCAGAACUCGGUUGAUGAUGUAAUGACUUGUAAUCAAAUUAAAGGCACUUAAAUCAGAUUAUCAGCAGAUAUUUUAUAAAAACAUUUGUCAUUUCUUUCUGUUCAUUUUACUUCAUGUGGAGUUUUUUCCUCGUCAUUCAGGAUUUUAAAAAAUGUUUUAAAUCUGUUUCUCAUCCUAACUGAGUUUUGAUUUAAACAGAUUUAAAGAUAAAAAUGUCUGAAUCCAGGAUAAAUUUCUUCUUGUUUGUUUCUUUGCUGAUUAAUUGUAACUUGGUUUUUUUAUUUUGUCACUUUCAGACUGAACAUAAGAUCAAUAUAUUUCAUUGAUUGGUUUUUAAUUUUCCAUUUAAACUUUUGAAUUGUUUUCUAGUUUGUUCAAGUUUAGUUAUCAUUUAAAAGUCAAACUGCUUUCUGUUCCUGCAGAUUGUUUCUGUUUGUAAUGAGGGAAAAUUAGUUUUUAAUUUCUGUUUCUUGGACUUUAAUUUUUAUUGUUGAUUGAAUUGGAAUUAAUUUUUACAGUCUGCGGUGGAAACGCUGCACAGUUUUUACAUUUUCCACAGAACAAUAUCUGAACAAACUUUAUGUUUUCUGCAUCGUUCUACUGGUGAAUGAGUGAAAAUGAAACAUCUGGACUCAGAAACAUCAGAAACAUCUGGACUCAUCAGAAACAUCAGAAACAUCUGGACUCAUCAGAAACAUCAGAAACAUCUGGACUCAUCAGAAACAUCAGAAACAUCUGGACUCAUCAGAAACAUCUGGACUCAUCAGAAACAUCUGGCUCGGGUGAAUUUGGGAAACAUGCUGCACAUGUUUUCUGUUUUUGCAGGAGGAUGAAAGCCGGCCCACUUUAACGGAUAAUUAAAAAGAGAAACCAUGACGACAUCAAACUGUUUCAUAACGAUAAGCAUCAAACUGCGGCGUUUUUCUUUGCGUUUAAUAAUCGUGAUGAAAAAAAAGGAGCACUUUAUGGCACCACUGCUGGACGAAAUGUUGUUCUGAUGAACGUUUGUUUUCCACGCUCAGCGGCUCUUCCUGCUCUCAACCUGUAAUGUUGCUGGACGCUUUGAUUGCUACUAAUUAUUUGUGCCUUGGCCUUUUGCAGUUAUGAUUUUCUCUCAUGCUUUUCUCGCUGAGGUCGUCAAACUCCGAACGCGAACCCGUCUGUUCGGGCGGCGGCGCGACGGGACUCCGUCCCCGUAUGAGGACGUUGGAGACGUUCCGCUGUCAGGCAGACUGACGUGAGGAAAAGACGGCAGCUUCUACAGAAACAUUGUUAUUCAGUUUCAUUUAAGGAAUGUUUGGACUGUUUUACACUAGUGGCCUUCAGAGCUCUGCAUCAUCUCAUUUAUUUCUCAUUAGUUUGGAAAAAAAAACAAAAACUAAAGUUGCUGUUUUGAUUCAAACCACUUUGUUGGUUUAUGUUGUUUUUAUGAUAUAAUAUGCAAAUGUAUUCUUACUUGAUUUUUAUUUUAUUUUUGUG